AUGGACAAGCUACGAUUUUCCCCCUAUGUCGAUGUCUUUUGGGUCCGAGCCGAGGAGCUCAUCGCCAGUCUUCCAAGCACGGCCUCCAAACAGCCUAGUCUGCCAGAGAAGGAGACCAGUGGCCCGAAACCCUUUGACAUGAACAUGCAAAUCCUUCUGAAAUACCUCAAGGAAGUUGAAAAAGCCUACGAGCGUUCCAAGGUUCAAGAAGCACGUCAAAAAGUUCACAAGUUUCGUAUGAUCAUCAAGUCACUUCAGCAAUUGGCUCACAAACGCCCCGAACUCUUCAUGGAGAAAGAACCCCUCGCCUUCAACCUCAGUCCCAUGACCGACACCACUAGCAAUGCUGAAGAGCACCAACAGUUUACAGCAAAUACACCGACUAAAGUGAAUGGAGCUUCCACUAUCACCACCCCUGAAACUCCAGACAAUAAAGCAGUUGGUUCUGGUGGGCCUCAAGACGAUAAUGAGAACCCCACCAACGGCCAGGAUACACCUCCAUUCCGCUCAAUCAUUCCCAUGCGAAGCGCAAAGCGACAGCCUAGCUAUCUGGAUCAAGUACAGCCCAUGGUCGUCAGAGACACUCCGUAUACCGGCAAAUUCGCGUUUGCUCCAGUGCAUGACAGUCUUUCCACCUGCUUUGAGUUCGGUGCCCAAGGGGAUUCGCCCAGCAAGAGCAAGGACCAAGAAGUUCUUCUGACUGCGUCCCAAGGUCAAGCUGGCCCGGUCUUCACCAUCGAAGAGGAACUCGGACACAGUGACAGUGGAGAAGAGAAAGCUCAUGAACAUCCAAUUAAUAAACAAUCAAUGAGCGACCCUACCGGGCAUGGAGCUGAUUCCUCUAAAGGCAAAGGAGUGCCGGACAACAGCCAGGAAACAUGCGACAACAUCUCUCUGAAACAGGAAUACACACUGGGUCAUGUAUUCAUGUGGUGUCAAGACCCUGUGCCAAAUGGCGAUGAGAACGUGCUGGUUAAUGAUCAAACCGCAUUGCCGGACAGUAGCCAUAUGUCCUGUGGCAAUGCCGCUGUCGACCAGGAAUACACUCUGGGUCAUGUUUUCGCUUGGUCCGAACAACCUGUACCAAAUGGUGACGAGGAAGACCUUGCACCAGUCUGUGACUCGACAGAGCAGCACCCUCGCGAUCGUAAUUCCUGUCUUCUUUAUGAGUGCUCUACCUUGAAACACGACGAGGACAGCGUGCUCGGCAAAGAAGUUGCAACGAUCCCUCCUGCAGUUACUUCAGUCGAGCUUACAACUCGUGAUGAACAGACAAGUCAACCAUCCGUCGAAGACCCACUUGGCACAGAAACAAUUCUAUCGACUCCGGCACCAGCGGCCACAAGCGCUACAAACAGCACUCCGAAGACAUACGCUGCCCAUGACAACAGUACUGGAGCACCAGAGAACAAUCAAGUCGUGAAGGAUGAGACCUAUCUCUCGACAAAUUCGCCUGGACACAAUGGAACGGGGGUCCACGAAGUCGCAGGUUCAUCCGAUUUAGAAGCUCUUUUCAAUCCCUCUGACGCUGAAGAAUACCUUGCUAAGGCAUUGAGUGAUAACGGGAUGCUUGAGGACCAUGGUAUGAUUGUUGAAGAUGCUCCUCUCCUUGACAAUUGUACAGUGAAGGAACUUCAUGACGUUGAGGAAGAAACACUUCUCAUGGCUACACAGGCAUUCUUACCUCGGAGCCCUGUAGUAGUCAAUACUGUUGGUGUCGCUGCUGCUGAUAACCACGAUACUCUGUCCGAUUCUGAUGACAGUUUGAUCAUCAUCACUGAAGAGGCACCGAUUGAGGAAAUCGAAGAGAGCCCAGCGGCAGGAAUCGCGCCUACCGUUACACAUCAGUCGUCCUUCACCUCUACCGCAGAGGAAUACACUCUGCGCCAUGUCUUUCCUCAUACCGGGGACCAAGCACCGCCCGAGGGAGACACCGUCUCGUCUGCGGAUGAUGGUAUUCACGAAACUCCAAAUUCUCCGGCCGCUUCCGCUGGCUCAACCUUGCUGGAUGAUCAGUCUCCCAAGACCGUCAAAUUUGAAGACUUUCAGGCUGUGUCAACGGCCUGUCCUGAUCUUGAGGAGGUCAUCGAAGAUGGAGCGAGUGACAUCUGCCUUCAGGUCGAAACAGGCCCUGUCCCGAACCAUUCGUCAUCAACUAGUGAUAGAAACGAGGUCGUCACUGUUCAAGAUGUUUCGAAAGAGCCCAUCAUUGACAUCGGUGAGAUCAUCACGCGGGUUGUGUCUGAGGACACUGAAGCCUCCCUUGCCGAGUCUUCCAUUGCGGACAGUGCGAACCUCGAACUUGAUGUGACUGAGGAGGUCGCUAAUGCUCUUCACGUUCCUUUGCAGAAGAGUGUUGAUGAGACUGAUGUCCUCAUGAAAGACAAAGAACAGUCCUCUUGCUUUACCCACGAGCCAACCACUCAACACGUCUGCACUACGCUUGCGUGCACUACCGUGGCCUCCCUCUUGGUUGGUCUGAAGUCUCCAGCGGCGGCUGCGUUCAUGUUGUACGCCGGUAUUGCGUACGCAAAGUACAAGUUGUAUCACUGA